AUGAAUGCGUUUCUUGUAAGACUGGAUUAUGGUCUUCGAGACCCUUCGUUCAUGAAAUUAGAACCGAGUAGUGUACCCACGGAAAGUUCAGAGAAAAGCGAAACGAAUCCAAAAAAGAGAUCCGUCGAAUGCUAUUUUGAACUUGUGGGAAAAGAAGUUGUUGACAAGAGGCCACGGCUUAGGCUACAUGUUCACAAAGUGGAGGAUGGAGUCAAACUUGGGGCACCUUGUUCGAAGCUUUCUGGGUUGAAGGAAAUAUUCUCCAUCAGCCAGGAUCCGAAUGCGGGUGCUUUUGUUUUGACGGUUGUCGAAGCGUUGACGCAUCGCUUCAACGUGUCGCUGUGUCUCAAUGAUGACAUUCUGCUAGUGGAACAGAAAUCCGUGUAUAAAUUGAGACAUGGUGACGUCAUCGAAGGCAUCUACAUGGAAAAUCGAUGCUUCAAAAUCAUGUUCCUUCUUAGAGAGGAAGGUCACUCGAGGAAACCGCAGACUUCGCCUCUGCUUUCGUGUCCCUGGAUAGUCUUGAGGAAUAUCAUGAAGUUUUUGACACCCAUGGAAAUGAUGACGAAUAUUGUACCGGUCUGUUGGAAAUUUUUCAAACUGAUGAAACGUGGACGCAUUUGGAGUAAUCUCGAGUUUCACGUUCUUUUUGACGGAAUCACCUCCGUGCCAUUCGGGCACCUGGAUGACUUCUGCAAAGUUGUUUCAGGGUAUGCUCGGAAGCUUUCACUGGAAUUCAAGUUGGAUGCCGGAUCGGAAAUGUCCUUGCCGCAGAAUAGUCUGAGUCUGUUGUUCACACAGUAUGACUGGAGUAAUCUGGAGAUGCUGGAUGUUUCUGCGUUGGAAACCAACGAAGACGCGUGGAUAAGUUUUUUGAAAAAGAAUGGAAAAGCACUCACGAGUCUGAAGAUCCUAAUGAAGAAACUGCAUCUUGGCCAUGCAGAUGUCUAUGAACUUGCGAAGGCAAUGUACAAUACUUCUUAUGAGAAACCGAUGAUGAAACAGUUCCCUGACUGCCUCGGCUCAGGUGUGCUUUUGAGCCUCCAUGCCUACGAUUUGCCUGUACAAUUGGAUGCCAAAGGUUGGCGACUGGCUCGAAAAAUGGGAAUGUUCAAAAACCUUGAAUCUCUGAGCUUGAAUGGAGAGCAUUUCGAUAACUUGCCAUCUGUCAAGGAAUACGGCAUUUUCUUCCCAAAGUUGAAAGAAUUGUGGCUGGAAGAUGCAUCCCCGAUGAAAGCAGUUCAUCACUUAUUAUCGAUGCCGUCAUUGGAAAAGCUGUGGAUCAGGAAUGUUCGGAAGCAAUUGCGUGUAGAACCUGGACCACGAGUACUUUCUGCCUUCAAUGAAAGCCCCAAGGACUGGCUUGAAAAGCUGAGAUUCGUUGCAGCUGAC